UCAGCGGCGGUGGCGAAGCUGGGGCCGGCCUCAGCGCAGCUCUCGCCCCCUGCGGCCCCUCCCUCCCGGUGCCAUGGAAACGCGGCCUAUUGUCCCCAGCGCGGCGGGCCGCCUGGCGCAGCGCGGAGCUCCGCGUGGCCCACGUCCGGCCGCCUUCCAUGGCUUCGGCCAGGCCCUACUGCCUCCCGCAAGUCCCUGCCUCGAGCCCCGCCCUUUCCUUCCCCUCUUCCUCGGCGGCGGCGGCGGUCCUAACCCGGGCGCGGGCGCGGGCCGAAGCGCAGCUGCGCUCCGCGGUAGCCUGCGAGCGGGCCAUGCGCUGGAGCGAGGUUGUUGAACAUUAUACAGCACUCUUGAAAACUUUGAGCAAAGAGGAACUUCCUAAAGACUUUGAGCCUGGUCCUUACUAUUCACAACUGCUGUUUGAAACCUAUUAUCAUUUAGCUGUAGCUUUCCAAAGACAGAAUCACCAUAAGGAAGCAGUGCAAGAGCUUAAUAAAGCAAUAGACGUUGCAUCUAUCCCUAAGAUUGCCUGUCAAGUUGGCUGUGUUUCCAGAACUUUCCUUCAUACACCACUGUUUGCGAGAAGAGCAUAUGCAUAUGUAAAAUGUGGUCAUUUGAAAGAAGCAAUAGAUGAUGCUAACAAGGCCGUCGAGUUAGACCCUUUGAACCCGGAUGUAUAUUGUGUUCGAGCUCUUGUUUGGAACACAGUGAAAGAAAAGAAGAGAGCGCUUUUUGAUUUAAACUGUAGCCAGAAGCUAAAGCCAUCUCAUAUUUCCACUUUGAUCAUAAAGGGAAUUAUUAAAAAUUCUCUUAUGGCAACAGAGGGUACACAGUCUUUAGUGAAGAAUAAAGAUCAUGAAAAGGCUUAUAAACUGGACAAAACUAGUAAAAAUUUCUUUGAUGUAGAAGAUUUCCAUAGUCCUAAAAUGGAUGAUUUCUAUGAUAGAUACCUGUGGUCCCUCAAUGUUCCUCACACAAUAAUGCAAGUCAACUUGAUGGGUGGAAGUUCAUUCACUUCACAUUUACCAUCUGAUUCAUUUCACAGAGAGAAGAGAAUGGACUUACCCGAGCAGAAAGCUGGGUCCUUUAUCUGUAGCACUCCAACCAGUUAUCUUGACAACACUGCCUUUGCAAGGAGGGCAUCGUAUGGAAAGGCAUUGAAGGAUUCUGGUUUAAAAUUGAAGGCCAACGAGAUUUCAGAGAGGAUCCUAAGAAUUACACGGGCAGCUUCAGAAUGGUCAGAAAGGACGACAUCCAGAAGCCCUGUGAAGAUAGAUUCAAAGACAACAGUAGCAUCAACACCUGGCACCCUUGCAUGUAAGAAGAAGCCAGAGCAAAAGAAAUCCGAAGCCAGCAAGACCAAAUCCAAUAAGUAAGGUUUCUCUGUAAGUGUAGUUUCAAACAAUGGCCGCACUUUGCUUUUCCCAUUAAAUAAG